AUGUCAGGACUUAACAUACUGAUAACCACAUCAAUAGUGGUGUUGAUUCUACUAUUAGGUUUUGUAUGCUAUCCUGUCGGUCUACCAUGGGCAUUACCAACAAUUCCGAUAUAUGUAUCAUUUUUACCGAUACUCACAAACAUGGAUCAAAUUGAGAUUUUUGAGAGGUACAUAAGAGAUCCAAUGGAGAAGUACGGCGCAGUGAAAAUAUUUUUUGCUGCUAGGUGGAACGUUAUGACCUCAAAACCCGAGUUUUUGAGUGUUAUGUUUAAAGACGAGGACACUUUCGCUAAAAGUGGAAAUCAGGAAAAAAUACCUUAUUCAGUACUAGCGAAAUAUACAGGGAACAACAUAAUAAGUGCUCAUGGUAAAAUAUGGCGUCUUUAUAGGAAUGUCGUUCAAACUCAGUUAAACGUCUUCGAUUCCAAACCAUUAAUUGAUAAUGCUCAACUAUUUGUGAAAUUGCUCAAAAGUAGCACAGAAGAGAGCGUAGAUGGAAAGAUUCUCUUACAGCCUUUGGUUCAGAGGUUGACGCUAGCAAAUAUAUCUCAAAUUGCUCUUGGCUUUGAUAUUGGAACUUUAAGAUUUGAUGACAAUGGACGUGUUCUCAAAAGUCAACUCCACGAGAAAUUAAAUCAAGUUAAACAACAGAUUUUCAAACCCUUAUAUUUAUCAUUUCCAAUGUUGGAUAUUUUACCGAUACCAAGUAGAAUAAAGGCAAGAAGAGAUGUAGAAGAUUUUAGGGCGUUAUUAUUUGAUAGGGUCCACAAAUCUCUUAUAAAGAACUAUAAAUAUGAACAAACGAAUAAUGCGGGAGCUGCUUUGGUAAAAGCAUGGAAAUUGAAAAGUAUCACAGAUGAACAGUUGAAAGAUAACUUGGUUAUCAUCUUGGUUGCUGGCCACGAAAAUCCUCAGUUGCUUCUAACCACGUUGUUUUACUUACUCGGAAAAUACCAAGAUUGGCAGUAUGAAAUUAGAAAGGAAUUAUUGACUAUUAAUUCAGAAGGAGAAGAUAUUCUAAACAGCUACAAAUUAAGUGUCUUUAUCUAUGAAUGCAUUAGAUUGUAUCCUCCCUUAGGCCAAAUUAUCAACAGAAAGACGACCAAACAGUGCCAGCUUGGACCUGGUAUAGUCAUAAAUAAGGAAAUUUAUUGUGGAUAUAAUAAUUAUGGAACAGGCACUUCCCCAUCUACAUGGGGCAAAACGGCAAAAGAAUUCAUACCAGAAAGGUGGGGCGCUGAUAUGGAAGAAGUCGGAAACAACUGGAAAAGACAUAAGUAUAAUGCUUCAAUGGCUGCUUUUCAUGGAGGCAGGAGAUCUUGCCUUGGAGAAAAGCUUGCAAUUAUGCAAAUGAAAUAUACUUUGUUUUAUACAUUAAUGAGCUUUCAUAUUUCUUUGGAUGAAAAUUGGAAAGAGAGAGUAACACCAGCUGGUCCAAUAACUCCAAUGAUGCUUAAAAUUAAACUAAACCCUUUAAAGGACGACGUUGAAAGUAAAUGUAAUACUGAUUGCAGUAGUACAGAAGAAACCCUAAAUGAGAUUUAG